GUUGGGAUGCCCGUGUAGGAAGAGAAACGUUUAGAAUGAUCAAGACCAUAUGGACUCAUAAAGGAUGGAGGAUAACUACCUCUGGGAUGCUUCUGUUAGGAGGGAGAUCGUAGUCACGUUUUCCAGUCUUUCUUGGCUUUCCACACUCAUGAAGGAUGUUCUCGGGGAGUUUCCGUUCCACACUCAUGGAGGAGGUCUUUCGAGAUGUCCCUGUUAGGAGAGGUGGACCGGUGGUGGUCACAACGGAGGACCAUCAUCUGAAUCGCGUCGGGAGUGUCGGAUCGGGAGUGUUCUGGAGCGUCCGAAUUCGAACUUCGAAGUCUCCAGAACCCGGAAUCUCGGGAUUUCCGGGAUCCUGGGUCUUGGAAACUUCGGAAUUCGAAUCUCAAGGCCUCCAAAACAUCGGAUUCCUUCGGGAUCCUUUGUUUUGGAGUACUUGGGACUCGAAUUUCGAAGUUUCUGAGACUUAGUAUCCCGGAAGUUCCGACUUCCAGGUCUUGGGGGCCACUUAGUUCGAAUUUGGACACUCCAACGUCCGGGCCUUGUCCCGGACGCUCGUCGAAUUAACAAAACCUUUCGCACUAAACCUGGUAGGCCUGAAAAAUUUUUUUUUGUCAAAAUAAAACACAGUAUAAGGGUUA